AUGGCAGCGGCGCUCGCGCAACCACGCAGCGGCGGCGACGACCGCAUCAGCGAGCUACCAGAGGCUCUGCUCUCGGACAUCCUCUCCCGCCUCGGCACCGCGGAGGCGGCCCGUACCGUCGUCCUCUCCACCCGCUUCCGCGACGCGUGGCUCGGGACCCCCCUCCGCCUCGACGAUCUCCAGCUCCCCGCCCCCGCGCGCGGCACGGUGCCUUCAAUCGAGCCCUGGACGGCGCGCGCCGACGCCAUCACCCGCGCCCUCGCCUCCCACCCGGGCCCCGUCCCGCUCUUCCGCCUCUCCCGCACCACCUUCCGCGGCCGCGUCUCCGCGGCCGAGGCCUGGUUCCGGGACCUCGCCGCCAGGGGCGCCCGCGAGGUCUCCCUCCGCUGCUCCCCCGAGUGGUGCCACGAGGCGCGCGCCGACCCGCUCCUCGGCUCCCCCACCCUCGAGGUACUCGCCCUCGGCAAGUGCCGCCUCACCGACGCCGGGGCCUCCGCCGCAGCCGCCGCCCGCCUCACCGAGCUCACCCUCUCAGAAACCAGCCUUUCCGAGGCCGGCCUUCAGAGCGCGCUCUCCGGCUGCCCCGCGCUACGUACCCUGAUGCUCAAGCACGUCCACGGCAUCCAACGCAUCCGCGUCUCUUCUUGCCGCAGCCUCGUGUUCCUCGGCGUGUGGCAUUACAAGCAGCUGGAGGAGAUCACCGUGGAGGACGCCCCUUGUCUGGAGCGCCUGCUCGGCAAUAUCCGUCUGAACGCAGCCAUUACCAUCGCUGGCGCACCAAAGCUUACUGCUUUAGGCUAUGUCGUCGCCAGCAUUCCAAUGUCCUUCCUCGGAGAGACUGCUCCGGCGGGGGUUGACAAGGGUAUCCGUGCUCCAAUCCAAAGUGUGAAAGUUUUGGCCAUCAGUGUCAAGUUCUCGAAGAAGGAGGACAUGGAGAAGGCGAUAAGCGUACUGGAGUUCUUCCCGUUCUUGGAGACAUUGCAUGUCCAGUCCUCUGAUCCCAGUUAUGAGGUAGCUGCGGACGAGAAUGACGCCAUUGUCUCUGACUACUACCAACAGUGUGAUCCCAUCAGCUGUCUUACCAGACAUCUCAGGAUAGUGAGACUGGAAUGUGAACACCACAACCGCAGCAUGCUUGAAUUUGCAUGUUUUCUCCUUGCUAGAGCCCAUGUGCUGCAGUUUAUCAAGAUUCAGUCCAGGAUGUCUACUAACCAGCAAAAUCUGCUGAAGCAAAGCCACAUGGCCUCCCUGGAUGCUGAGGUUGUGUUUGAGAAUGUUAAAGACCGCGAGAGCUUCACAUUAGAAGCUGUGACAGCACUAUCUGAUCCCUUCGACGGUGACACCAAUAUCUUGGGCUACUAAGUUCACUGUGAAGGUUACUUGUUGAUGUUUCACUCUGAAGAUGAUUGUCAUCCAUGAUGCCCUUGCUGGCCUUUUUUGUUGUUGUUGUGUUUAGUUAAUUUCUGAAUCCAGAUCUAGACUAUGAUUUAUGCUGAACUUUGAGGUUUAUGUUGAAGAAGUUCGUGAAGUGACUAGUUUCUUCUGUCU